UGCGCCGGGGGAUUAUGGUGCAAUGCCAGGUGCGCCGCCUGGAAUGGGUGAGUUAGAACACCUCGAAAUCAUUUCAGGCCCGACUAACUUUUCUUUCAGCACCACCUCCCGGUAUGGUUGCUCCAGGCAUGGGCGCUCCUCCAGGCAUGCAACAGCAAGAAGCUCACCAACCAGGCAGACCUGGCGCAUUCCCAUCAAACUUCCAACCGCCUCCCAACAUGCCCAACAUCAACUUCUCCGCACCAGUCAUUCGACUGGGACCUUCUGGACCUCCGAAGCCUGAUGGCAUUGGCGGUCGCGAUGAACGGGACAGAGGUGGUCGUAGAGCAGGAUUGGGCUCAGGCAUGGGCUCUGACUUUCGAGGCGGAGAAAGAGAUAGAAUCACACAGGUACAGCCGCAAUCGAAAGAAGAAAUAAUAAAAACAAUCUUUGUUGGGGGAAUCACCGAAGGGACCGGAGGAGACGAUGGCAUUGAGCGCAUCCUACGCGCCGCUGGCAAUCUGCGACGGUGGAUCCGCGCCACAGAUGCCGACGAAAAGCCUUGCAAGUUUGGGUUCGCAGAGUACGAAGACCCCGAAAGUCUCAGCACGGCCAUAGAAGUACUAAGGGGUGUUGAAGUUCCUGUCAAGCGUCAGACCCAUGGUGAAGCAAAAGUAGAUGAGGAGUCUAGUGUGGAAAUGUCCAGACUAAUUAUUGUGGCCGAUGACAACUCCCACAGCUAUCUCGAGCAAUGGGAGGAAUCUCAAGGAGGGAGAGAUGCAGAUCAGGUACAAAUGCAACUCGACCAUGCCCGAAGUGCGUUGGAAGCCGUACUGAAAGACCUCACCAACCCGGCCGUGCCUACACAGAGAGACGAACUAUCCAAUAUUGACAAGGAGGGGGACGUCAGCAUGACCGAUGGCGCAAAUGGCACAAAUGGCGAUGUGGUUACAAUCCCCAUUAACGUCGACGAUGAAUUGUCCGAUAUUCCAGCCGAGAUGCGAGAAACGGUUGCAAAAGAAAUAACAGCCUUCCGCGACCGAAGCAAUCGUCGCGAUCUUGAGCGACUUCGACGGGAAGAAGAGGUCGAGCAACAAGAGCGUCAUCGCAUGAUGAAUGGUGAGCGGUCCAAUCGUCUCGCGUCACCUCCUCCAUCCGCUCCUUCAGGACCUGCUGGUGCUAAUGGCAUACCAGUGGGACCAAGAGGAGCUCCUGCCGGGCCGAAGGGCUUUGGUGCACAAAUCCCCAAGGACUACCAGAGAGGUGUCACAUUCGUGAACGGGACCGCCAUCAGUGGCGCAUCUGCCUUUGAAGACGAGGACACUGACGCCAGUGACGAUGAAUUGGAGCGGAGACGGAAGGCCAAGAAGGAUGCAGAACUCGAAAAGCAAUACUUAGAUCAGGAGCGACGAUGGAUCAACCGAGAGAAAUCGCGGACAGCCGCGGUAGAUCGUGAAAAGGGACGUGAUACGGACGAAGCAACGCGAAUCAAUGAAGAAAAAGAAGCAAUGGCCAAGCGGCUCCGAGAAUGGAACGACGACAACGAGGCUUCCCGCAAGACCGAAGAGUACUACGCCGACAGGAGCAUCUGGACACGCAAUCGGCAGAGCUUCCGACAGCGGGAAAUUGCGGACGACGAUGCAGACCGUGCAGCUGAACAACGUGAGCGUGCUAGGGAGAACCGUCAACGUGAGCGUGCAGGUGCCAUGGCAGACGACUUUUUAAGCAGGCAAGAAGAGGAAAUGAGCCGACGAGAACCAGAGGAAGAGGAGCGGGAGCAGCAACAAGCUCCCCGGGAGCCAGCACGGUUCAAACUCUCGCUGGGUGCGGCCGCGCAAAAAGCUGCCGACAAAAGCGCAUCUCAAGCUUCAAAACGGACUGUCGCGGAGGUGGAAGGCCUGUUGGAGGACGAAGAGGAAGAAGCUGGGUCUGGUGCCAGAAGGACACUCAUCCCUAUUCAAUACGACGCCUCCACGACAUCAGCGAUGACAGACGAAGAACGUGCCCAAGCGGCGAAACAGCUUGCUGCGGAUAUCCCGAACGACAAGGAUGGUCUGUGGAAUUGGGACGUGAAGUGGGAGUUUGUGGAUGAAGGCGUGAUCGAAGAGCGCUUGAAGCCGUUCGUCGAGAAAAAGAUUGUCGAGUACCUUGGUGUGCAGGAGCAGAUGCUCGUCGAUUACGUGGUGAAUGCGCUCAGGUCACGGGGCAAGCCGCAGGAUCUGGUGGGAGAACUUGAAGGGGCUCUUGACGAAGAAGCAGAAGUUCUCGUGCGGAAGUUGUGGCGUAUGCUCAUUUUCUUCUCCGAGUCCGAGAAGCGUGGGCUGGCUACGUAGAGCUCAGCAGCAGUACAGCAAAAUCUCGACAAUUUCCAUGUCACAUGAAGAGUGACGUGGAUCUAUAUUUCACCAUGGACCGCGAAGGGAUUCCCAGCACAUAUCGAACGUUCCGCCACUCAAAGCAGCUGGGUUCCAGAUGACUGAGGCACUGCUGAACAUCGAGAUUCAGUCAAAGCCAACUUUGGAUACAGUCGAGAUUGAGCAAUGUAUACCACGUUCU